GAAUGGAAGACUCUAAUAAAAAACGAAAAGCCUUCGAUAUUAAAAAUGCAAUAUCUGGGAUAUCGGGGGGAGCAGCUCUUGUCCUUUCUGGACAUCCGUUAGACACAAUUAAAAUUAGGCUCCAGACUCAGGUGAAAGUAGACGGAGUGGCCCCAUUUGCAGGACCUAUAGAUUGUGUAUUUAAAACGGUUAGAAAUGAGGGCUUUCGAGGUUUGUACAAAGGAGUCUCAUCCCCUCUUCUUGGCGUUCCACCAAUUUAUUCGCUCGUGUUUUUCUCUUAUGGCACAUCUAAACAAAUGCUGAGUCCACGCAAUGCCGCGCCAGGCGAACUUCUUUCUAUCCCUCGAAUUUUCCUUGCGGGUUGUAUCACAGGCGUCGUAACUACCAUCAUUACAACACCCAUAGAAUUGCUAAAGAGUCGCCUGCAAAUCCAAUAUGCAAAUCCAGCCCACACAUUAGAGCGCUAUACAGGACUUUUAGAUUGUGCUCGUAAGAUUGUUGCCAAAGAGGGGUUCAGAGCUUUAUAUCAAGGUACCGUCGUUACGUUAUACCGCGAUAUCCCAGGUACUGGAAGCUACUUUGCCAUGUACGAGCUUUGCUGUCGUCUACUGCUCGACCCGGAACAUCAGUCUUCGCUGAAAAAAUCCCUAAUUAUUCUCUUUGCGGGAGGUAUGGGCGGUAUAUUCAACUGGCUGAGCGUUUUUCCUAUAGACGUAAUCAAGUCCAGAAUACAAACGUCUCCUGCACAGAGAUAUCCACCCGGGACGAAAGGUGUUGUCAUGUGCGGUCUAGAACUUGUGGCAGCAGAGGGUCCAAAGGGGCUCUUCAAAGGGCUUUCUCCCGCAUUGAUACGAGCCUUUCCGGCGAAUGCAUGUUGCUUUCUGGCCUUUGAGCUCACGUUAAAACUACUUAAUUGCAUAUAACCUUCACUGACCACGACACAUCUCACUCUCGCGUCACGGUGUACGAGGUGGAUUCAAUUUUUCUUCAGAGAUACACGAGUAGAACGUGUUAUUCCAUAUAUCCAAUAAAAGUAUUAUCCUGUCUUUUUGAUCUGGGGGAAGACAGAAAAGGCAUCAUACAGCACACCUUUUUUGCUCUGCAAGUGCCUUAUUAAAUCGGUAACCGUUUCUUGUUAUAGAAGAGAUAUGCCAACUUGGCAGUCAAUGAAUAUAUAUUUACA